UUAAUUAUGACAAAAAUGUGACAAAAUUGGAUGUUGCUGCUGAAUACCAAAUAUGAAUUGCAGCCACUUCAGAGCAUCAAAUCUUUUAAUCAUGGUAUGCCGUAACAUAACGGUCAU